AUGGCGCCUACCCAGACACCAUGGACGUCCCGGCUUUUGCAGGAAAAGCCUGGCCACUAUGAGUUCACCCAAGCUCUGAUGACAAUUGAGCGAUAUCACCUUCAAUUGAAAAAUGCUAUGGCGAAUGAAGCAAUUCGUGACCAAUUACUCCUCAAACCCGACCAGACACACUCACACCUGCUGCGUUCGUUCGGGAUUCUGCAGACCAAGAACGUUCCAGGUCCUGUGGCAGACAAAAUAUUUGAGUCGAUGGUUGUGCCAUUCAUUAUUGAGAAAAUAUUCUCGCAGGAGCUGACAAUUCAGCUCGUCGGCUCUGCACUCCCUCUUCUCACCAAAAGCCCAACGCAAUAUCUACAGAAUGUGCAGCUAGGUCAUAAAUUGAUCGGCAUGUGUGAUAGCUGCUCAGCAAACCACGGCACAACUAGCAUUUCAAGAAGUUGGAGAAUUGCUCACUCGUUGAUUGAAUCUCUAACCAAAUCGAUCGAAGAGGUAUCUAAAGAUGAGCACAAGCGAACGCACCAAGAAAACAUUCCUUCGCCCAAUCUUCCUUCUCUGAAAUCUAUGAAGAUCCUUAGUCUGGACGACAAGAAGACACUGACCCAAAAAGACCCCAAGAAAGAUUUGAAAAUCGCGAAUGAAACUGUUCAGCAGUUGAUAUACUUCGAUAUGCAGACACCAACAUUCGCACGAGGCCUUUCUCAUUCAGUGGAGCAAAUUCAAAGCGAAACAAUUCCAUCUCUCAUGCGCUCAGCGCUGGAAACUUUCCCCUGUCGAUGCUGCUUGGAUAAACUCACCACAGGGAGCCUGGUAGAUACUCCUGCGAAGAGCCCGGAGGUCCCUAUUCAUGGUCCUUUGGAAGCAAUCAAUCCACAGGAUAUUUUUGGCAAGCGACUUGGAAUCUGGAAAGUGUUGCUUUCGAAUGUUGCUUUCAAGAAUAUCCAGAGGCUCGCUGGUUUGGGUCAAUUCGCAUCCAUUGAGAAGGUACUCAGGGAUAUUGCAAGUGGCGAGUGGAAAGGGAAAAAUAUUUCUCGGCUCGUGGGUUCCAAGGAGCAGUUGGAUCGGAUGAAAGUGCCUAUUAUGGAAACCCCCUUUUCUUCGACAGUCUCGAUUUUGUGGCAAAUUGACAUCGGCUUCUAUGACGAGUUGCCUUGGGUUCAACAGCAGAUCGUCAAAGUUUGGGAAGUUUUAAAUACUGUCUUAGAGAAGCUCCUGUUGAUUCAGGAAUCCUACACCGAGGAAAUCACUAAGCUUUGUUCGAAAGAACCCCUGAAACAAUCCGACGGAAUUCGAGUGCCCCGGCAGUAUGGGAACGUGAAAGAUACUGGCUCUUUUCAAAUGAAAUCCAUGGCUAGAUCCAAAGCAAGCCAGGCGUUGAUCGAUAUGUCGAGCAAAUUUUACAAUCUCACCGAGCCUCUACUUAACAUCAUCGCCAAUAAUAAGAGCACAGAGGACUUCCCAUUUGAUCUAUUGCCUGAAGAGCUAGAGAUUGUCCGCCACUUCAGCAAAUCAAGCCUGAUUCUGGGAAGAAGUGGUACGGGAAAAACAACUUGCCUUGUGUUCAAGGUGAUUGCCAGGCACAGGGCCAGGAAAUCGGCUUUGACCCUGGGAACAAGCCCGGAAGAACAGCAGCUUCGACAACUUCUCUUGACUCGGUCCUCUUACUUGGCCUCCAAGCUUCGGUCUUAUGCUAGAGGACUUAUGGAGAACCACUUGAAGCCUCUAUCGAGUGGUGAUAAUGCGAAUGACGCAGAUUCAACCCUCAAAUCCUUUUUUGCUCUGAAGAACUGUCAUUUUCCGGUCGUCUGUACUUAUGAUGAGUUCCUUGACCUUCUCGAGAGUACAAUGAGGAUGGUUGAUCGAAAAGACUUUUUGAAAGGUCAGUCAAAGGACACCAAACAUGAUGCUCCCAACGCCGUGGUAGAUUUUAGCACCUUCAAGACCGAAUACUGGGGUUGUCUACACGGAAUAGUUCCAUCCUCCUGCUCUCCAGAGCUUCUCUUUGCUGAGAUAAUGGGUGUGAUCAAAGGCUCCAGUUUGACGGCCAAAACAUUGAUGCCUCUCUCUCGUGCGGAGUAUGUCAAGAAGAACUCAAAAGCUUCUCCUGCAUUUGGUUCUGAGACAGACCGUGAGAACGUGUUUGCAGCCUUUGAGCGCUACGAAAAGCAAAAGAAGCAGCGACAGGAAAUUGACGAGUUGGACCGAGUCUGCUUUUUGUUGAAGUCUCUCAAGGACAACCAGCCUUUGGCAGAGCAGAUCCAACGCUGCUUUGAGGAGAUCUAUGUCGAUGCUGGUGAUACUGCACAGUGUAUUUCCAAGGAUUCAGUGUUCCGGUUCCCUGAAAUCAAAGCUUUGUUUUACGAACAUUACGAAGUCAUUGCUAAGGAGCAGAAUCAACAUUCUAUUGCCAAGCCGCUCCUCUGGCAUGGCUUCCCUGAAACGAUUGACAAGCUCGAUCCCGAGAUUGGUCAGAUUGGAGGACCCCAGCCGAUUAUAUUUGCUGGGUUUGAUCCCUCUAUCCUCUUUGUCGAGAUGAUCGGCGAGGUCAAGCUUAAUGGCAAUGUCGCAGGUUUCGGUGCCGAGCAAGUCAUUCUUGUUCGAGACGAUGCGGCAAAGGCCAAGCUCCAAACUCAAAUUGGCGAGAUCGCUCUUGUUCUUACAAUAUUGGAGUGCAAAGGUAUGGAAUUUGAUGACGUCUUAAUAUAUGACUUCUUCGGCGGCAGUGGACUUGGGAGCAGCUACCGUUGCCUGCACAUGCUUGUGGAGGCUGCACAAACUCACUUCGAGUCUCAGAAACAUGCAAUUGCAACAAAAGUAAACAUCUUGCGAAUUGGUGGCUCAGUGGACCCAAAAAGCUGGACCAAGAAAGCGGCGCAUCUUUUCGAGCGAAAGAGCUUUGCAGAGGCACUUUUCUGCUACAAAAAGGCUAACCAUUCUCGUGGAAUAAGCCAUUUACACGCAUGUUUGUACGAGCAAAAGGGAAGAUCUCACAGAGCAGCCGGAGAAACCGAAGAAUUCACCACAUGCUUUGAGAAAGCCAUCCCCCUUUUCCUCGAAAUUGGACUCAAAUCAGAGGCGGCAAGUUGCUACGAGGGACUCGAAUUAUGGAAGGAUUGCGGCCAGUACGAAAAGGCUGCACAUUUUUACGAGGAAGGCAAAAUGUUCAUAGAUGCUUCCGACUGCUACCACACCUGUUCUCAAUACGAGGAGGCGGUUGAGCUUUUGCGUAGGGGAGACUGCUUCGAUGAACUCGUCGCGUACGCCAGCAGAUAUCGUAGGCAUCUGAGCGAAGCUACUGUCUCCAGAUACUCAAGACUUUGCAACAUUCUCCUGAGGCAGGGACGUGUCUCCCCAGAACUGAGAGGAAUAACAAUCAACAUGCUCGGCUCAGCGGCAAAGAAGGUCGAAUUUUUCAAAGAAUUUGAGAUGUGGGACCAGCUACGUGCUCUCUAUAAUUCCAAAGGCAGAUGGUUCGAGCUUCAAAAUCUGCUGAUGGAUAUUGGCGAGCUACCUGCAGCGCUAAAAACAAUGCUGGAACACGGUCUAGUCGGUGUGGCUGAAAGGUCUGUUGUGGAGAAUCUCUUAAACCAUACAAUGGCCGAGCUGUGGCAUGCUUAUCCGGAAGGGAAGCCGAAUGAGAGUGAAUGGCCUGUUCUACCGAAAACAGAUAGCCGAGUUACGGCUACUGCAAGCACGGCCGGGUUUGAAAGGAUCAAGGAGCAGUGGCGAGUGCAAUACUCAUUAUUCGAGUCUUUUAAUGACCCAAAUAACCCAGUCACGGUCAAAGCGAUGGAAGGGGAUGAGGUCAAGAGCUUCUUCUGUCUUUAUGUCCGUGGAAAGCAUUGCUAUUGUGUCGAUGUUGAGCUAACAAUCUUUGGUUGA